AUGAAGGUAUUAAAAGUAGUUGUGGUGGCGGCUAUGGUGAUGAUGAUGGUGGCGGAAGCAAUAUGGCUUGAAUUGCCGAAUUCAGAGACUAAGUGUGUAUAUAAGGAUAUCCGUAAUAGUAAUGUUGUUUUGGGUGAAUAUAUUGCCAUCAACGCUGAUGAGGAGCACAUUCAAACUAAUUUUAUUUUCACUAUCUCUGUACAGGUUUCAUCACCAUUUGGAAACAACCUCCACCAUGAAGAAAACGUCAUUUAUGGUCGAUUUGCUUUUACAACAUCUGAGCAUGGAAUCUAUUUGGUGUGCUUUCGGAUGUAUAGUCAUGUCCUAGGUAAUAAAAGUGUGGCUAUUUCUCUUCAGUGGAAAAUUGGAAUUGAUGCCAAGGAUUGGUAUUCAAUUGCUCGGAAAGAAAAGAUAGAAGGAGUAGAACUUGAGUUGAUGAAAUUAAAAGGGUUGGCGCAAACCGUCCAUGAAAACUUACUGUACCUAAAAAAGAGGGAAGAAGAAAUGAGAGGAGUGAGUGAGAGAACGAAUGGAGCAGUGGCAUGGUUCAGUAUGACGUCCCUUAGUAUCUGCAUUAUGGCUGCAGCUGUGCAAAUAUUGUAUUUGAAGCGCUACUUUAGGAAGAAAAGUCUCAUAUAG